GAGUGGACAAGUGGAGACAAUUGGCUGAAACACGGAUUCGGUAGUAAGAAUAACAUCUGUAUAGUACUAAAGGAUACAAUUGUAACGUUUCACAUGGAUAGCUAAAGAACAAAAUGACGUGUAUGCGUUACACUAUGUUACUGUUCUCAGUUUUGGAGUUGUUGUUGUUAGGAUACACAGCUGGUUUAUCGAGCGAUGAGAACGCAUCUCCAGGCGCGAGACUCCCGCGUGCUGUGUUGGCUGAGACGUUGGAGGCUACUACCACCAUCCCAAACCACUUACAGGAGGACGACAGGGACUCCAGAUUUUCACCUUUCACCCCCAAAAUGACCAUCACAUCUAGGACCACUGGUAAAACUAACCAACUACAGCCCUUCUGGCUGACCACCACGGCUGCGCCUCUUACCAAAACAAUGGACCCAACCUCCAAACGCAGUAAAGUCAAAGAAAGCUCCACAUUCUCCACAACACAAAACAAUACAGUAAAACCUACUUCUUCCUCUCCAUUAAGUGGCACAAAAAACACAACACCACCUGCACUGGAUACUGCAAACAGUUCAUGGACAGUGAAAAGCACCUCAAAGCCGCUUGUCUUGACCACUGAGAGAGGACAUCAGUGCAACUGUAGUGCUGAGGGUUCAGAGGACCAAGAUACCUGCGACUCUGUCACAGGUCAGUGUGUAUGUCUAACUGGAUACACGGGUCAGCAUUGUGAUGAAUGUGCCUAUGCGUAUUUCACCAACGGGACCGGUGGCUGCCAGGCCUGUUACUGUGACUCCUAUGGAGCCGUGAAUCAACUCUGCAAUAGUUCAGGCAUGUGCAUCUGCAAGAUUGGAGUGCACGGGGACAAGUGUGAUGACUGCCGCCCAGGCUUCUCGCACUUCAGCAGCACGGGGUGCCAACCUUGCCAAUGCAAUAAUCAUAGCAGCUACUGCCACCCACAGUCAGGCAUCUGCAUGAACUGCCAAGGCAACACUGAAGGACCCAGCUGUGAGAAGUGCAGGUAUAAUUUCUACCGAAGUCCCAGUUCUCCCAUGACAGAGCCCUGUGUCCCCUGCCCAUGCUCCAGUGUCACCUCCACAGGCAGCUGUAAGCUCGACUCAAGUGGCCAGCCUUUCUGUGUCCAGUGCAAGCCAGAGUACCAGGGUCCCAACUGUGAGCAGUGUAGUGAUGGCUUCUACAACGCCGACAGCAUCUGCCUUCCCUGUAACUGCAGCGGGAACGGAGACCCCCGCAUAUCCCCUCGGAUCUGUCACCCGGACACGGGCCACUGCCUGAGCUGCAUCAACAACACUACGGGGCUGCACUGCGAGCGCUGCACAGAGGGCUUUACAGGGGACGCACUCGCCAGGAACUGCACUCCUACAGUCGUCCACACUACUCCUUCAACCACUACCCACUGGUUUCACUACACCACCAUGAGCUCCAGCCCCAAUGCUACAGCACAGUUCACCACCUUCUCCACAACUUUGCUGAGCAGCCUGGGCAGCUCCACCCCCAACACCACCACCACCACCACAGUGACUCCGGUCCCGUGGAACCAGUUCAACAUCAUUGUCCUGGCCGUCAUCAUCAUAGUUGCUAUUGCUCUCUUGGCAGUGGUAGGUGGUGUGUACACUUACAGAGAAUAUCAGAACCGCAAGCUGAACGCCCCAUUCUGGACCAUCGAGCUGAAGGAGGACAACAUUAGCUUCAGCAGCUAUCAUGACUGCAUUCCGAACGCAGAUGUAUCAGGGCUUUUAGAAGAUGAAGUUAGUGACAUGGGCAAUGGACAACUUGCUUUAACCGGUCCUGGUAAUUUGUAUAAGGUGUAACUGAUGUUCCAUCACAGAAACUGGGCUGCUACGUCAGUGCUGGCCCGACGCUGGGCAGAUUGUGGACCUGUGGAUAUGUUGACCCCUGAUUUAUUUUUUCAUUUUAGGCUGAUGAACAAAGGACAAGGUAUUCCCAUUGGACAUAAUGCAAACACUCACACAAGCACUCCAGAGCCAGAAGACAAAGUAAUGAAUGAGGAACAUGAGCAGUGCAUCUAACUGAAAAGCCAAGUUAAACAUCCUGCCUUGUUGAAGGCCUUGGCCAACUCACAGCUGAAACAUGUUGUCUUGCUUUGAAGAAGGAGAAGAGAUGCAGAGACUAUUUCACUAAUGUGUGACUAGACAAUGAAGUAUGUCUGAUUGAGUAUUAAUACAGUGACUGUGAGACAUGCAUGAUGUUUCAUCACAUAUGGAUAGAUCAAUCAAAUGCAUCUGCUUAUUAACAUUAUUAGCAUACUUGCAGUUACAUCCAUUCACACUUUCCCUUUGUAAAUGCUGUUUUAAAUGGACAGAGUGGACAUUAGUUUUCAUCAAACUCAGGAUGGAUAUCGUUUUGUUUUUUUCUUUGUGUGUUCACACCGUUUUAGUGUCGUUUGUUACAUGCUAUUACAUGUGCAGGACUUUAGGGGGCACCGUUACACUGGACCUGGCAUACAGAGCAUGCCUGUGUAUUAUGCAAUGGAAAUAUAUAAUACUAAAUGGCACAUGGCUGCUGAAUGACUUCUGCAUUCAAUUGCAUUUAUUUUGGCAGACACUUCCUUGCCGAAGCAAAUUGCAAGAAGGGAUGAUUUGUUUUUAUCAGGCCAGAGGAUCUGUGUGUCAGUUUCAGAUGGAGAGAGCCUGACUAAUUCUAGUCACAAUUUCACAGCGGUAAAGCGGAUUGUGAAGACCAUUUCAUGGUGUAUGGAACUGUACUUGUUUUAUUUAUUUUUCAGAAAUUUUCUCCUCAAUCCGCUUUUCCUUCAUGACUUAACACCGGGCAUCAGUUCAAUGGUGCCAUGCCUUGUUGUGUGGACUUGACACAACUUGUCUGACUGGGAGAGUUUAAGUUUUGGUUUAUUCAUUUGAACGAACCUCUCUCUCAGCUUGAUGGUUUAGGGUCAGUUUACGUGAGUCACAGAGGAGGGGAACAAAUAUGAUCAGAUGAGCAAUAAUGCCUGUUGGAUCUAACAGCCGUACUGGACAGUAAUUAAUCACUGCCAUUUGUGUAGCACAGGCUAAAACAAGUUGAGCAAACGGUUCAGUGAUGAAUAAGUGCACAUGUUUGAGUGCGUGGGUGUUGAGCGUGGUAAUCUAAUAUAUUAUUAUUAUUAUUGGAGUUGGAUAAAAGAGUACAAAAUGCCAUGUCAGUCAGUAAAAGACAAAUAAAAGGGUGUGUGUGUGUAUGAAUGAGUCUGUUUUUUAUAGGCGAUGACCUGAACUUGAAGACAAGAGCAAUAGUUCAUCUGUGAUUGUAUCUCAAAUGACUUUUGGGAUAUCUACUUUUAGCUCCCUCCCCACUUCCACCAUCCCAAAGCUGUCUUUAUCCGAGGUGUGUUGGUACAAAACGAUGUAAAUAUUAGAUGUACAGAAUGGUUGUCAUGAGGAGGUUGCUAUUGUAUUGGUACAUAUGGCGAUGAGUCUUGUUUCUGUGACCAGCAUACUGGUGCGCACACAUAGAGGCUGACGUCGUAAUGGUGUCUUAAUCUCACAUUGUAUGCAUUGUGCAGUAUGCAUGGUGCACCAUAUUCACAACUAACUCUGUGAAAGAUUUCAAUAAAAGUC